CAUCUUUUUUUCUCCCGAAAAACGAUUCGUGGAUAAAGCGAUACGCGCCGAGACGUCGUCAGUGUGACGCUGGGCGGUGUCAGGUUAGGUUUCGAGGAGAAGCCAAAGAUAAAUUUACAAAAAUGGCGGGCUUAGCAGGCUGCGUCUCGACGAUGGUCGACGACGAGGAACAGGAGGAGCUACGUUGCACAGGCAGUGACGUCGAGAUCGAGGAGUACACGGACACGGAGGAGUCGCCAUAUGUUGCUUAUCAAGCCACCGAUAAGCUGUUCGAUACGGACAGAGUGGCAUGGCAAAAGUUCAGCUUCGUCGCCACCCUUCUGGCCGUUGUCGUGUCCAUUACCUUUUUGAUUAUCGCCUAUCCGCUUUAUCUCGAAAGUGUCAGCACCGUUUCAAACGCGUAUACAGGACUCCUCUUCACCGCCCUAAGUUCUACAUGCAUUCUGGGGAUCAUUUGCUUCGUUGCGGGACGAGUCUCGCCUCCGCCAGCACUGAUUCCAAACAGCAUGAUAAUCAAGAUACCACGGUGCGCUCUGCUCAAAAUAAGCUCUGUCUACGCCCUCUCCGGUAUCCUGGUCACCCUCUGCUUGGACCAGAGCAGGGUGCUCUGUCACCUUCAAGAUCCAAUCAAAGGCAUCACCCUGGUCUUCUCAUUGGUCUACUAUUUCUUCUUUUGUCGAAAAAUGAUGAGCCUGCAACGGAUCUUCUCGAGCACCACAAUAAUCGUCGGCUUGUUCAUAAGCGUCGACUACGGUCUCUGCGACGAAUUUCGCUGCAGAGGAAGAGAAGUCGCUCCUCAUGCUGCCGCUGUUAGAGGAUCCUGGGGCGUUAGGGCCAUUUGGACGUUCGUAUACGUCGGCGCUCUCGCUGCGUUCGCCAUGUUCUUCACUCUACUGGAGGGCCAUUACACCACCGAGCAACAGAAUAUGUGUCAAAUAAUGGCCAGCCAGCAGAACUCGUUCCUAUACACUGUGUCGCGUCUAGUGUCGUCAAGGGACAUUAGACGGCGUGGAUCAGAAGAGGAAGGGGGUAGACUCCUGCACGUGACAGAUCCGGACCCCACCAUCAAGCCAAAGCACAUUCCAAAGCCACCUAUACUGGAGACCCUUUUCUACAUUCAUUUAAUUGCAUUCUUCGCAAUAUUGACUAUGUGCUGGGUGGACACGUUGCCAGGGAUAGGCAGGGGCCUGUCACCAGUGGAGCUCUACCGUAUGGUGGAUCGUGGGCUGACCUGCCACUUCAAGACCACUGAAUCCUGUUCGAGCAUUGCCAAUCAUGGUUGGACAUUCCUGAUAGCAUACACAAUAUUCUCCAUCUCUGCACUGAACUUCCUGUCGAUGAGUGAAAGCGCUGUGUUCACUGUUGCAACAGCCACUGUCUCCCUUCCACUGUCCGGUAUAUGGUGGAGCAUUUAUAAGAUGGAUAUCGGGGUCCAUGGUGGUUUCAUGACAUGGUCCCCAGGCGUCACAGGAGAGCUGAUCUGUGCUCUCCUAGGCCUGCCAGUUGUUCUUCUUGGAUUGGGUCUUCUAGUCAGAUCCCACUUCAGGGACACCCAGCCGUGUUAUCUGACAAUAUAGCCACCUGACGUAGAA